AUGUCCAGCUCUACCCCGUCUUCCAUCGGCGGCGCCGGUGACACGCCGUGGCAGACCGCGUCGGCCAUCGUGGGUCGGCCACUGCCCGUGUCUGGCUCGCACGUCCUCACGAUCGAUGGGUACUCCGGCACCAAGGACCUCGCCAACGGCAAAGGCAUCACGUCCGAGACGUUCGCCGUCGGACGCCAUCGCUGGUACAUCAGGUACUUCCCCGAUGGUUAUUCCUCAGGCGAUGUUGGCUGGAUAUCCAUCUAUCUCCAUCUUGUUCCAACCGACGACGCUGAUGAAGUCAACGCACGGUACGAGAUCAGCUUGCUCGGCCACGACGGGGAACAGGUGCCGUCGUACGGCACGGAGAGCCAGACAUGCCGCACCUUCUCCAGCAACACGGGGCCAUGGGGCUGUCCUCAACUCAUCACCAGGAAGGACCUAGAAGAAUCGGUUUACCUCAAGGAUGACGUUUUAAGCAUCAGGUGUGAAGUCACCAUGCCCAGGGAGAUCUUUACGGAGCACGGAGAGCCUCCGCCGUCCGACAUGCGCCGUCAUUUUGGCCGGCUCCUCUCUGGCGGCGAGGGCGCGGAUGUUGAAUUUAAGGUCGGCGGGGAGACCUUUUCUGCGCACAGGUGCGUGCUUGCUGCUCGAUCCUCGGUGUUCAGGGCGCUGCUCCUUGGACCGACGAAGAUGAACCACGGCGCUUGCAUACGGAUCAGUGGUAUGGAAGCUAGAGUGUUUAAGGCUAUGCUCCAAUUCAUCUACACCGAUUCACUGCCGGACAUGGAAGAAGAUGACGUGGUACUGAUGACUCAACAUCUGAUUGUAGCAGCCAAGAAGUAUAAUCUCGAGAGGCUGAAGUUGGUUUGCGCCGAGAAGCUGUGCAACUACAUGGACAUGGAUUUUCUAACAGACCCAACAAGUGGUGGAGCCUCGUCCACCGUUCUAUUAGCCAUGUCCAGCUCUUCGCUGUCUUCCGUGGGUGGCGCCGGCGGCUCGCAAUGGCAGACCGCAUCGGCCAUCGUGGCACGGCCACUACCUGUGUCCGGUUCGCACAUCCUGAAGAUCGACGGCUACUCCCGCACCAAGAACCUCGUCACCGGCAAAGGUAUCAAGUCCGAGACGUUCGUCGUCGGACGCCAUCGCUGGUACAUCAGGUACUUCCCCGACGGCCACUCGCCAGGCCAAGCUGGUUGGAUAUCCAUCUAUCUGUAUCUUGUUGACACUGCUGGUGUCGACGAAGUCAAUGCACGGUGCAAGAUCAGUUUGCUUGACCAGGACGGUGAGCCCGUGACGUCGCACGGCCUGGACAGCCACACCUGCUUCACCUUCUCUAGCCAGUCGGGACCAUGGGGCUGUGCUCAGCUCAUCACCAGAAAGGACCUGGAGGAAUCAGUUUACCUCAAGGAUGAUGGCUUCAGUGUCAAGUGCGUGCUUGCCGCUCGGUCGUCAGUGUUCAUGGCUGAGCUGUUUGGUCCGAUGAAGGAGACGACGGAUGCCUGUGUAACCAUCUCUGACAUGGAGGCCGAAGUGUUCAUGGCAAUGCUUUACUUCAUCUACACUGACUCGCUGCCCCCCAUAGACGACGCCGAGGUGGUCUCGAUGGCUCAGCAUUUGCUUGUUGCGGCUGACAGGUAUAACCUGGAGAGGCUGAAGUUGCUCUGCGUGGAGAAGCUCUGCAAGCACAUGGACGCAAGCACUGCAGCGACUUCGUUGGCGCUGGCUGAACAGCAUUCGUGCCGCGGGCUCAAGGCCAUAUGCUUCAAGUUCCUUGCGUCGCCGGGCAAUAUCCUGAAGGCUGUCGUGGCCAACGAUGGCUUCGAGCAUGUCAGGAGCAGCUGCCCGUCUGUCCUCAAGGAGCUUGUGUCUAAACUUGCUCCUUGA